AUCACCCACUUCCUCCUCCUGGCAUUCGCAGACACACGGGAGCUGCAGCUCGUGCACUUCGGGCUCUUCCUGGGCAUCUACCUGGCUGCCCUCCUGGGCAACGGCCUCAUCAUCACUGCCGUAGCCACACCCCCAUGUACUUCUUCCUCCUCAACCUCUCCCUCCUCGACCUGGGCUCCAUCUCCACCACUGUUCCCAAAGCCAUGGCCAACUCCCUCUGGGACACCAGGGAUAUCUCCUAUGCAGGAUGUGCUGCCCAAGUAUUUCUCUUUUUGUUUUUCAUUUCAGCAGAACUGUCUCUUCUCACUGUCAUGGCCUAUGACCGCUACGUUGCCAUCUGCAAACCCCUGCACUACGGGAUCCUCCUGGGCAACAGAGCUUGUGUCCACAUGGCAGCAGCUGCCUGGGGCAGUGGGUUCCUCUAUUCUCUCCUGCACACUGUCAAUACAUUUUCACUCCCCCUCUGCAAGGGCAAUGCUGUCGACCAGUUCUUCUGUGAAGUUCCCCAGAUCCUCAAGCUCUCCUGCACAGAUGCCUACCUCAGGGAAUUUGGGCUUAUUGUGGUUAGUGUCUUUGUGGGGAUUGGAUGUUUUGCUUUCAUUGUGCUAUCCUAUGUGCAGAUCUUCCGGGCUGUGCUGAGGAUCCCCUCUCAGCAGGGACGGCACAAAGCCUUUUCCACAUGCCUGCCUCACCUGGCUGUGGUCUCCCUGUUUCUCAGCACAGGCGUGUUUGCCUACCUGAAGCCCCCCUCCAUCUCCUUCCCAUCCCUGGACCUGAUGGUGGCAGUACCUUACUCGGUGGUGCCUUCAACAGUGAACCCCCUCAUCUACAGCAUGAGGAACGAGGAGCUCCAGGAUGCAGUCCGGAAACUGAUAACUGGAUGGUUUUUUUAA